CUUUCCGGCCGGGACUGCGCGUGCGCCUCGCAAGCCAGGCUGGCUAGAAGUUCCCGCCGACACCGCCUCGAAAUUUAAAGGGCCCGCUGCCUUCACGAAGUUGGUUUGAAGGCAAGGGGUUGUUGGUUUGGAGAGCACUUUGUCAUGGGACCUGUGCGGUUGGGAAUGUUGCUUUUCAUUUUGGCUGCGUACGGCGCUUGGGUUGGGACGUCGAAGGAGGACGAUGACACAGAACGCUUGCCCAGCAAAUGCGAAGUGUGUAAACUGCUGAGCCUGGAGCUACAGGAAGAGCUGAGUCGCACUGGCCGAUCUCGAGAGGUGCUGGAGCUGGGGCAGGUGCUGGACACGGGCAAGAGGAAGAGACAUGUCCCUUACAGUGUUUCAGAGACAAGGCUGGAAGAGGCCUUGGAGAAUUUGUGUGAGCGGAUCCUGGAUUACAGUGUUCAUGCUGAGCGCAAGGGCUCACUGAGAUAUGCCAAGGGUCAGAGUCAGACCAUGGCAACACUGAAAGGUCUGGUGCAGAAGGGGGUGAAGGUGGAUCUGGGGAUCCCUCUGGAGCUGUGGGACGAGCCCAGCGUGGAAGUCACAUUCCUCAAGAAGCAGUGUGAGACGAUGCUGGAGGAGUUUGAAGAUGUUGUGGGAGACUGGUACUUCCACCAUCAGGAGCAGCCCCUACAGCAUUUUCUCUGUGAAGGUCAUGUGCUCCCCGCUGCUGAAACUGCGUGUCUACAGGAAACUUGGACUGGAAAGGAAAAGAUCACAGAUGGGCAAGAGAAGACAGAAGAGGAGGAGGAGCAAGAUCAGGAGGAGGAGCAAGAUCAGGAGGAAGAGGAAGGGAUGACUAACACACCAGGGCACCCCAAGCGUGACCCAGAGGAUCUUUGACCCCUGCUUUUGUUUGAGUCCUCAGGAGGGGCAGGGGUCCUGGAGAAGAACCCUCUGAAGUCUGAGCAAUCCCUUCCCUGCCCCACAUAAGGGUUUGUGUGUAUGUGCGAGGGAUCCCACCCCAAGGCUUGUAACUGUUCUCUCCUAUCUGGUCUCAGGCAGGAUCCUGGUGGUGCAGCAUGGCAUGGCUACGGGGACAAAGGUGGGAGCAGUAGGUGGAAGGCCUGCCCCAACAGAUCAGCCCUCUGCCUGCCAUCUAGCCCCUUAACUGUCAGGUGUGUGGGGGGACAGUAUUGAAGGCUUUCCCCUUUAAAUAUCUGUCCUACUCCCCACCCCACCCAGAGGUCAAUGAAGGCAUUGGAGCUGUGAGCCUUAGGAAAGUCACUUCGCCCCUCGGGGGUCUGUUUUUAGACCCUUCCAAGGAAGAAGCCAGCGCGGACAUUCUCUACGACCUAUACACACGCUGCCUGCAUCUAGGAGGCUACAAGCCAACAAAUUUAACACGACGGGGACACUGUAACAGGAUGGGGUGAUGUUGAUAAGCGGGGUAGAUAUUUGGUCUACUUCAUAUUAAUUUCACCGAGGGCCCACCAUGGGAUUUCACAGGUGCCAAAUUUUCUAUAUCGCUAGUAAAUUUUUUAAAAAUA